AUUAUCCGUAUUACUAACGAAGUUCGUAGCGAAGUCCUUACUAAGUAUUUGGCUAUUAAGCGUAUUAAUUUUGAUACUAUAGUUUCUUUCCUUAUCCGUUAUAUUUUGCUCUAUAAGUAUAUUAAAGACGUUAAGUUUAAGAUUAAUGAGGAUUUUAAGGUUAUUUUUCUUUAUAAUGUUGUAAAGAUUGUUUACCCUAUUAAUGCUAGAUAUUGGGUAAUUACUUUAGAGGUUAACGAAAUAGAUAUCGGUAUUUUCUUAGUUAAAUUCGGUAAUAUUGGCAAUGUCGAG